AUCCAACACCGUGGUGAAUUCUAAAAGAACCCCCACACGUUACCUUAGCAUUCUCAUAAUAAUAAGUGGCGACGCGAAGCAUUCUCGUUUUGUUGUUAAGAAUAUUUUUGUUUAAAUCACGCUUUAAGAAAAGUCUCUCUCUUUCGUUCCUUUUCCUCAGCAAUCUGCAAACCCUCCAAGAUUUGACAACUUGAUCUUCAUGAAUUCAAGACUUACUGAGACAUCCGUGGUUUCCUGUAAAUCGGGAAACAACAACAACAACCUCUUCUUCUGGAUUCUUUUUUGCUUACUGCCAAAAUUCUUGGGUACUCCUUUUGCAUACGGAAACUUCUUGUUACUUAAGGCUAUUGACAGGAGUCCUUCUGCAGUGAGGGUCUUGUAGACUUUUGGGGAUAACGACCUGUAGUAGGCUAGUAGCGAUCAAUUUGGUUAUCUGCAGGUCACAUUACUUCUUCACAUCUGGUAAAAUGGUUUCAUCACAGUUACCUGGUUUGGCCAACAACCGCAUUUGCAAACCAUUACUUAUACCUGUGAACCCCAUGGAUGCUGCUGAUAUGGAUCAUGUUGAGCUGGAUUUCGCUGACGUGUUUGGUCCUCUACCUGUUCAGACCCCAAUAGAAGUGAAUUAUGGUGAUUUUGGUAACCCUAUUUCUGUAGAAGAUGUGAGUGAGCUAAUUUAUGAUGAUCCAGCUGUCAUUUACAGCCGAUCACACUCUCUGGUUGGUCCUUCUUCAUGUGUAGGUCAAUCAUUGAAGCUCAGCAUGCUCACUAUACAUGAGACAGACGAUUUGGUGGAACUAGUUGACUCUGUGAAUGGGGACACUAUCAAAGAACUUCAGGAACCCUCCACCAAUGACACCGUAAUCGAGACACCUCUUAAAGAUCUCGAUGGAAAUUGUAUGAAGGUUGAGAGUGUAGGCAUCGAAGAUUUUGAGAUUUUGAAGUUUGUUGGGCAGGGUGCAUUUGCAAAAGUAUAUCAGGUGAGGAAAAAGGGUACGACAGAAAUAUAUGCAAUGAAGGUCAUGCGUAAGGACAAGAUUAUGGAGAAUAAUCAUGCAGAAUACAUGAAAGCUGAGAGGGAUAUUUUGACAAAUGUAGAUCACCCCUUCAUUGUCCAGCUCAGAUAUUCCUUCCAAACCAAAUAUAGACUAUAUCUUGUGCUUGAUUUUGUGAAUGGGGGUCACCUUUUCUUUCAGCUCUACCACCAUGGCCUUUUCAGGGAGGAUCUUGCUCGUAUAUAUGCUGCUGAGAUUGUAUCUGCAGUUGCUCACCUUCAUACAAAUGGCAUAAUGCAUAGGGAUCUUAAACCUGAAAAUAUCCUACUGGAUGAAGAUGGCCAUGCUAUGUUGACUGAUUUUGGCAUGGCAAAGAAAUUUGACGAAAAUACAAGAUCUAAUUCCAUGUGUGGAACUUUAGAAUACAUGUCGCCUGAAAUUAUUCUUGGAAAGGGACAUGAUAAGGCUGCAGACUGGUGGAGUGUGGGAAUCUUAUUAUUUGAGAUGCUAACUGGCAAGCCUCCUUUUACUGGGAACAGAGAGAAAAUCCAGCAAAAGAUAGUGAAGGAAAAGAUCAAGUUGCCAGCAUUUUUGUCUAGUGAAGCACAUUCUCUGUUGAGAGGGCUUCUACAAAAAGAAGCAAGCAAGCGCCUAGGGAGUGGACCUACAGGCAGUGAGGAAAUUACGCACCACAAGUGGUUCAAGCCAAUUAAUUGGAAGAAAUUGGAGGCCCGACAAAUCCAGCCGAGUUUUCGGCCUGAAGUUGCUGGGAAACAGUGUGUAGCUAACUUUGAGAAGCGAUGGACUGACAUGCCGGUUGUGGUUUCUCCAGCUGCCAGUCCGAAUGCUAGUGGAAACGUCUUCAUGGGCUUUAGUUAUGUGAAGCCUGCAGCCUCUUUUCUUCAGAAGGAGAGCUUCUGAAGAGCCCCAGAUACCCCUAGAUAGCAAGUUCUAUGGGAAAUACUUCCUUAUGCUUUUCAAAAGAUGUUUGUUCUGCGAGGAAUCCGUACCAUUUGCUCUUUUGUAUUGUGAACAUGUAACUUUAUGUUUAUCGUCUUUCAGCUGACAUUUUACAAAAUACAUUAAUGCAAAAUAAUUAGUUUUAUUUUC